AAGUCCUACUAGGUCCUGGCCUAGAGCAACUUCCAGUUAAGACAAUCUAAUAUCCAACCAUGAAGCCUUGUAACAACGCUUCCUCUCCCUCCGCUGCUCCCCGUGGACCAUACACACCUCUGGAGUACUGAGUUCCUCCUGCCUGAGGCAUCUGGCUGUUUUAAAGGUCUGAGGUUUGAAGGAGCCUCAGCCACCCCCACUGACUAAAGGGAGCCGCAGUUAAACUCUGGUAAUGGGAAGUCCAGCCUUGUGGAUUGUGGUGGAGUGCGCUUGCAGAAUUCUUGGCGUCUCGACGGCUGCAGUGCUGUGUGCUGUGGGGGUGGAGACUCUGAGACAGGGAGACUUUCACAGCCUGGCUGUCUAUCUCCUUGUCUCAUCGGCUGGGAUGAUGCUGUUUGAAAUGGCCUAUUUUGUCGACGCUCUUCUGGCAAUGUGCCUUCCCUGUCCCCCUACUUGGAAGCUUAUCAUUAUCUGGAAGAAGAUGGCCAAGAUCGGAGGCUUCCAGAAGUUUCUCUAUUACACCUUGAUGUCUAUAGUGUGCUUCCUACACCCAGUGAUGGUCUGGCAUGCAAUUAUUCCAGGAACCAUGCUUCUGGUGACCGGGUUCGUCAACUUCAUUUUGAGCAGGAAGAAGAAAGCGGAGCAGUCCAAAGAGACGGGCGAACCGGGACUGUCGACCAUUUACGUCAGCGACAUGGGGGAGAACGAACAGAGCGUCUCCUUCUUCCACGUCAUCACGGGGAAAAGAGCUUCGUUCUUUCCCAUCAGCAGCGUGCUCCAGAGCCCCGCUGACAGUACCCAGGCCAUGCUGGAUCCCCACCACCCAGCCACACACGGCCCCAGAGCCAGGGGCAAGGGAGACAAAAGACAUGUGCGUUUCGUAAAAGGCCUCGACCAAGACAAAACCGAGAUGGACGGAUACCAUGACAUGGAACUAGAGACCACCUCAGACAAAGCACCCAUGAUCCCUGAUUAAAUGCAAAAAAAAAAAAAACCCUCUCGUGACAGGAGAAAGUAGAGACCACAGUCGUAGAGCAAAAAUUCUGUUUCAGUUCUGUUUCAUGUUUAAGUCAUGAGAUUUUUCUUCUUGGAGGUUUUAAGCAGCGACAGGACACAGAAGACAACACCAGAGCU